AUGGAGGCUACGCCGGCACUAACAGGGGGCCCAAUGACGGACGAGGUCCUGAAAAGAAUCUUCGCAUCGGAUCAGGACAUGUACCCCGCGCCCCUGACUCUCGACCAACUGCGCAGCUGGGUGACCGGUUGUCCAGACUUGUCUCGCUGCUUCUGCCUGACCGAGAGGACAGAGAAUGAUGGACAUCUCGCCGGCACAAUCAUGGUUCUUCCCAUCGUGGGUAGAUUCUGGCAUGCUCUACUCCAGGGAAAAUUAACCGAGGCCGACAUCGACGCUACGACAAUGUUCCCAUCGGGCAAUGGUGGUGAGGAAGAGGUGGGAUUGCAUGUGUUUCACGUUGAGCGCUUUGAUGAUAGUUUGUCAGGAUUCACGCGAGUGGCAUUGAGCGCGGUCAAGGAGACGGCUCGAAGUAAGGGCUGGACGAUUGCGGGAUGUUCAGCGCUCACAGCCACCCCUGGCGGGUGGCGAAGCUUUGAGAAGCUGGGAUUUGUAAAGACAGGGUAUGAGGAAAUUUGGAUCGUCAGGGAUGAGAUAGUUACGCUGGUCACCACCUUUCCAGGCGAGGACAAUAACAAGGACGGCCAAGCGAAGAGUGGAGUUAUCGGAAAGGCCCGUAUGGUAGUGCGAUUUUCAAAAGGCUAG